AUGGCUACACCCACCACCCAAAUCGAUGCCCCUUCUCAAACCGCACAACAACCAACCGUUUCGUCCAUGCCAUGCAAUUACACUGCUUCUCCCAAAACAGUGUUGUUGCUCACCGCUGUCGUUCACGUCCUGGAUAACGACAACCAACCCCAAACUUGCCGAGUUCUCCUAGAUAGUGGUUCCCAGGUAAAUUUCAUCACCGAUCAGUUGGCCAACACGCUGCGUCUCGAGAAACGAAAAGUCGAAGUUCCAAUUGGUGGCAUCAACGAAAUCAAAACUGUCGCCCGCCAUCUCGUCAAGGUUCACCUCCAAUCACGCUGUAGUGAUUUCCGCACCGAGCUAGAAUGUCUAGUCAUCCCGAAGGUGACUGGUCCGAUCCCAUCAACCAACAUCGAUGUUACCGAUUGGCAUUUCCCCCAUGGUAUCCAACUAGCAGAUCCGAACUUCUUCAAGCCCGACAAAAUCGACUUACUGGUUGGAGCAGCUUUAUUUUUCAACAUCCUCAAGACUGGCCAUCUCAUACUGGAUCCCUGUUUACCCGAACUCCGAGAGUCACACCUUGGUUGGCUUGUGACUGGUACCCUGACAUCGAAAUCCAUCUAUGAGCCUAUCCAAUAUGCCCAACUAGCCUCGGUGGAAUCCAUCGAAAACUCCAUUACCAGAUUCUGGGAACUUGAAGAAGUUCCAACCGCUCCGAAAACGACAGCCGAAGAGCAGCAAUGUGAGGAACAUUUUGUUGCCACCCACACUCGUGAUGUUUCCGGUAGGUACACCGUUCGAUUGCCGUUGAAACCAAAUGCCGACAAGCUGGACAGCUGCCGAAAUCUAGCAUUGAAAAGAUUUUUUAUGCUGGAAAAUCGUUUGCAACGAAAUCCCGAACUGUGGUCACAGUAUGUUGAAUUCAUUCGUGAAUAUCAACUGGAAAAUAUUAUCUUCCACAUCACGCUGUACUUCGCCCCAGCAGCACCACCACAAAGUGCAGAGUGGUGUUCGACGGAAGCGCCAAAUCAUCCCCGUCUGGUCUUUCCCUGA